AUGGAAGUACUGGACUCUGAAAAGGUGUCUAUUGUCAUCAACACUCGGCAGUACCCCCGGGACUGCGCGGUCGCAGUGCUUCGCCGUAGAGAGUGGAGGAGCAGGGGUCGAGGGCUGGCGCCGGGGGAGGAAUACUCGGGUCGAACCUCUUUGGGGGUCUUUCGUGUUCUGGACUACACUUUCCAGAGGCCUCCGGGAGUGACGUCACUUCCUUCUAAGGUGGUAAGCGCCGUUGUGCCGGAGCGAGCUGCACAGCGCCCCGGCGCGGGAAGCUCGGCCCGUGGGUUCGUUCAGGUCUGGCGGAACGUGAGGGGAACGCCGGGGAAGCUGAAGAGGUUGGUGUUGUUCAAGGAUGUGGCCGUAGACUUCUCUCAGGAGGAGUGGGAGUGCCUGGACUUGGAACAGAAAGAUUUGUACAGAGAUGUGAUGUUGGAAAACUAUAGCAACCUGGUCUCACUGGCAGGAUUUUCCAUUUCUAAAGCAGAUGUGCUUUCCUUAUUGAAGCAAGGGAAAGAGCCCUGGAAGGUUGUGCAGGAUGUGACAAGAAGUCAGAGUUCAGACUGGGAAUCCAGAUGUGAGACCAAAAAGCUGUCCUCAAAGAGAGGAAUUUAUGAAAUAGAAUCAUCUCAAUGGGAGAUAAUAGAACAGCUCACAAGACAUAAGUGUGAGUGUAAAAGUUUUCAAGAUGAUAGGGAAUGCAAAGACCAGAUUGAAAGCCAAUUAGGAAAUAAAGAGGGACUUUUCAGGCAACUUUUAAUCACUUGUAAAGAAAUUCCCAAUUUUAGCCAGACCACAUCCCUUACAUUAAAACGAAGAAUUCAUUCCAAUGAAAAAUUCUGUGCAUGUAAAGAAUGUGGAAAGGCCUUUAUUCGGGGCUCAGAACUUACUUACCAUCAGAGAGUUCAUGUUAAGAAACCCUAUGAAUGUAAGGAAUGUGGAAAAGCCUUUAUUUGUGCCUCACAGCUUACUUAUCAUCAAAGAAUUCAUACUGGGGAGAAACCUUAUAAAUGUAAAGAGUGUGGGAAGGCCUUUAUUCGUGGCUCUCAUCUUACCCAACAUCAAAGAAUUCAUACUGGUGAGAAACCUUAUGAAUGUAAGAAAUGUGGGAAAGCCUUUAGUUAUGGCUCACAGCUUACUCUACAUCACAGACUUCAUACUGGCGAAAAACCCUAUAAAUGUAAAGAUUGUGAGAUGUCCUUUAUUCGUGGCUCACAACUUACUGAACAUCAGAGGAUUCAUACAGGUAGGAAACCACAUGAAUGUAAGCAAUGUGGAAAGGCCUUUAACUAUGGCUCACAGCUUAUUCGACAUCAGAGGAUUCAUACUGGUGAGAAACCCUAUGAAUGCCAAGAAUGUGGGAAAUCAUUUAUUCGUGGCUCACAACUUACUGAACAUCAAAAAAUUCACACUGGUGAAAAACCUUUUGAAUGUAAGGAAUGUGGGAAAGCCUUUAUUCGUGGCUCACAUCUUACUCAGCAUCAGAGGAUUCAUACUGGUGAGAAACCCUAUGAAUGUAAAGAGUGUGGGAAGACCUUUAUUUAUAGCUCACAACUGACUCAACAUCAGAGAAUUCAUACAGGUGAGAAUCCCUGUGAAUGUAAGCAGAAACCAUAUGAAUGUAAGGAAUGUGGUAAGGCUUUUAUUCGUGGCUCACAGCUAACUUACCAUCAGAGAGUUCAUACUGGUGAGAAGCCCUAUGAGUGUAAUGAAUGUGGGAAAGCCUUUAUUCGUGGUUCACAUCUUACUCAGCACCAGAGAAUUCAUACCGGUGAGAAACCAUACAAAUGUCAUGAAUGUGGGAAGGCCUUUAAUCGUGGCUCACAACUUACUCAACAUCAGAGAAUUCAUUCUGGUGAAAAGCCUUAUAAAUGUAAUGAAUGUGGUAAGGACUUUAGACGUCACUCACACCUUACUCAACAUCAUAAACUUCAUAAUUGA